AUGGAUGUGGUGGGGAUCUUUAUCUCUCCGCUGCUUCAAGCUGUGAUUGACAAGUUGUUGUUCUCUGAUUUAAUCAACUUGGCGCGUCGUGAGGGUGUCGACACUUCCAUCAAGAAGCUGAAGAAGUCAUUUGAAGAUAUAAACGAUGUUCUUGCUGAUGCAGAGGAGAAGCAGAUAUCCGACAGGGCUGUCAAUAAGUGGCUGAAAGAGCUCCAGCAUUUGGCUUAUGAUGCGGACGAUGUGCUGGACGAGUUUGCCACUGAAGCUCUACACAAGAAGCUGAUCAGGGCAGAGACUGAUGCUGAUGUUGAUGUUGGUGAGGCCAACACAUGUAGGAAGGUACGACGAUUCCUCCUUUCUACUUGUUGCACUGGUUUUACUCCAAGUACAAUUUCAUUCAAUUUCGCAAUUGAGUCCAAGUUGAAGGAGAUCAAUGGUCAGUUACAAGAUGUUACUACAAGAAUUAAGGAACUUGGUUUGGUCAAAAAGGCUAUUGGGGGGAUGAAGUCUACAAAUGUGUGGCAGAGACCAGAAACUACAUAUUUGGUGAAAGAGCCUUGUGUUUAUGGCAGAGAAGAAAAGAAAAAACAGAUUAUUGAAUUGCUUCUCAGAGAUGCAGCAACUCAAAACAAAGUCGAUGUCAUUCCCAUCGUGGGCAUGGGUGGGGUUGGCAAGACUACUCUGGCUCAACUCAUUUGCGAUGAUAAUGGUGUCAAAAGCCAUUUCGAUCUGAAAGCGUGGGUUUGUGUAUCUGACGAGUUUGACAUUAAGAGAAUAACAAAGGCAAUUUUGGAUGAAUUCAUUUGCGAUGAUAAUGGUGUCAAAAACCAGUUCGAUCUGAAAGCGUGGGUUUGUGUAUCUGACGAGUUUGACGUUAAGAGAAUAACAAAGGCAAUUCUGGAGUCAUUCACUCUCGAUUCAUGCAAUUUGACAGAGUUAAAUGCCCUUCAACGUAAACUUGAGGACACACUGGCAGGAAAAAAGUUUUUGCUUGUCCUAGAUGAUGUGUGGAACCAUAGAGGUGAAGAGUGGAGUUCACUACAAUCUCCGUUUCGAGCUGGAGCACAUGGAAGUAAAAUCAUUGUGACAACGCGAAUCGCGACUGUUGCACAACAGGUGGGGGGGUCAAUUGAACACCACGAUUUGAAAGAGUUAUCACUUGAUGAUUGCUGGUCAAUCUUUGCCCAACAUGCAUUCAAGAAUAUAAAUAUUAGUGAACAUCCAGAAUUGGAAUCAAUUGGUAGGCAAAUUGUUGCCAAGUGCGGAGGCUUGCCACUGGCAGCAAGGGCCCUCGGUGGCUUAUUACAAUGUAACCAAAAUGAGCAUGAAUGGAAAAUGAGGUGCUUUGGUUAUUGUGCAAUUGUCCCAAAGGAUUACGAAUUUGAGGAGGAUGAAUUAGUCUUGUUAUGGAUGGCAGAAGGUUCAAUUGAACACCCAGAAGGUGGAGAACAAAUAGAAGAUGUAGGCCGCAGGUAUUUUCAUGAAUUGGUGUCUAGGUCAUUUUUCCAAUUGUCAAGGCAUGAUAAAUUGCUAUUCAUAAUGCAUGACCUCAUCAAUGAUUUGGCUCAAGCAGUUGCAGGGGACAUCUGUUUUAGGUUGGAGAAUAAUUCAGAGGGUGGCAAGCAGAACAAGAUUUCAGACAAAGCUCGACAUUCAUCUUAUGUUGCUAGUGAAUAUGAAGGAAUCAAAAAAUUCAAAGCUUUCGAUGAUGCUAGACGCUUACAAACCUUCUUAGAGUUUUUGCCAAGUAGAUUCUUCAACUACAAAACAAGGUACUUGAUUCAUGAUCUGUUGCCAAUGUUAAAGUACUUACGUGAGUUGCGUUUGUGUUGUUCUGGGAUAUAUGAAUUACCAGAUUCCAUUGGAGAUCUAAAGCAUCUACGGUACCUUGAUGUAUCCCAUUCUAAAAUUAGGAAGUUACCCGAUUCGGUGGUAACUCUCUACAAUUUACAAGUCUUGUUUUUGAAAUUUUGUGUUGAACUUCAGAAGUUGCCUCUAAACAUGGGGAGGCUAGUGAACUUGCGCCAUUUUGACAUGACUGGCGUGCAUAUUCCAUCAUCAGAAGAGAUGUCACUACAUAUAGGUAAAUUAAUUAAUCUCCAAACAUUGUCAAAUUUUAUGGUGGGUAAAGAUUGUGGGCGUAAAAUAGGAGAGUUGAAAAACCUAUCACACAUUCGAAGGGCAAUACACAUAUCAAGAAUGGAGAAUGUCAGUGGUGUUAAGGAUGCGGUGGAUGCCAAUUUAGUUUCUAAGGAGGAUUUAAAAGAGUUAUCACUAGAAUGGGAUGAAUCUCAUAGUUCACACAAUGACAUAGUUGAGAGGGAUGUCCUUGAUGUGAUGAGACCUUUCAAAUUGUUGGAACGACUCACCAUCAGCGGGUAUGGCAGUACAAAAUUUCCAAACUGGGUUGGAGAGGUUUCAUUCUCCAAAAUGGUGUUCAUGCUAUUAAAAGGUAGCAAAUGUUGCAAAUCUUUGCCACCACUUGGACAACUACCCUUGCUUAAAGACCUUUACAUUGAAGGAAUGAGUGCAAUAAAGCACUUGGGUCAGCAGUGUGGUACCAAACCUUUCCCCUCUCUAGAGAGAUUGAGCUUUGAGUUUAUGUCAGAAUGGGAGGAUUGGUCUGCCUUUGAAACAGAGGGAGUUUAG